UGUAACUACUCCACACAUACACACGUACACACAAAGCACAAACAUAAAAAGGCAGGAGAGAGGCAAGACGUAAUGGUUUGACUCUGUGUUCGUGCUCUUGCGAUGACCGUGGCUCCUGCAUUAGCCUGCACAUCCCUUAAACAGGAGGCGCAAUGAAGGCGGGAGCCUCGUCCAUGUGGGCGUCAUGUUGCGGGCUGCUGAACGAGGUGAUGGGCACGGGCACGGUGCGGGCUCAGCAGCCCGGCUUCGGGGCCGGGGCCGGGCCUUUCCGCUUCGCCCCGAGCGCGGGGUACUCCACGUACCCGCCACCUAGCUCGGGGAGCGCCGGGCAGCUGUGCAAGGCCUGUGGACUGGCCUUCUCCGUCUUCAGACGUAAGCACGUGUGCUGCGACUGCAAGAAGAGCUUCUGCGCGCUGUGCUCAGUGCUGCAGGAGAACUUGCGCUGCUGCGCCACCUGCCACUUACUGCGGGGCACCGCCUUCCAGAGGCCACGCCUCAUGCAGCUGCGUGUCAAGGACCUGCGGCAGUACCUGCUGCUCCGCAACAUCCCCACCGACACCUGCAGGGAAAAGGAGGACCUGGUGGAACUGGUUUUGUGCCACCGGGGCACCCGAGAGCCGCCCCGACCUGUGAUGGUGGUGCAGGAGGAGGAAGAGGAGGAAGAUGAAGCGGAUGGAGACACGCCCGAGGAACAGGAGGGACAUGAUGAAGAUGAUACAGACAGCCUCCACUCACGCGCCGCCUCGCCGCCCUCCCCCGCCGACUCAACAUCCGAACAGUCGCUUGGAUCCGCCUCUCAGGGAGUCGUGCUCAGCCCAAGUGACAGCUCAGGGACCCCAAGCCAGUUUUCCCCUCAGGAGCCCGAGGACACGGCCAGCGUGUCGCUCCUCAAUCUGGAGCAGACGGCGAGCCCGACGGAGGCGAUCCCGGCCAUGCAUAGGAGGGUCCGCGCCUCGCUGUCCGAUUUGGACGACGAGGACGCCAUUGAGAGGCUGUCGGUUCGCCAGUUGAAGGAAAUCCUCGCCAGGAACUUUGUCAACUACUCGGGCUGCUGCGAAAAGUGGGAGCUGCUGGAGCGCGUGCAUCGCCUCUAUAGAGAAAACGAGCUCAACAGGAAGUCAAUGGAAAAUGUAAGCAUUACUGCAGUGGUUGCAUAUCCUCCACCUUUGUGCAACAGUGCUGUCGGAGACGGUGUGAAAGCCCAGCUGGCCUCCGACGAUAAUCUUUGUCGCAUCUGCAUGGACGCCAUCAUUGACUGUGUUCUGCUGGAGUGUGGCCACAUGGUGACCUGCACCAAAUGCGGCAAGAGGAUGAACGAGUGCCCCAUCUGCAGGCAAUACGUAGUGCGAGCCGUGCACGUCUUCAAGUCCUAGAAAAACUCUCGUCGUUAAAGACACUGAAAUGGGAGCGAGCGGCUUGGACCGGCGGUUCUUGUGUGACACGGCAGGGGUUCGAGUUGACACGGUCGACUGCAACAUGUGCAAUACUCUUAAAAAAAAAAGGAGACGUGUGUGUGUGCGUGAGAGAUUUUGUGAGAAUGUGUGUUUUCAUUAAUAUAGAAUCUUGGUUCUAGUUUAACACCACAUUUUAUGUUAGCAGACGAUGCCAAAUAACACGCCAACACCCUCAUCCUCUUAACUUUGCUUUUCAAAGCCAGCAAGUUUGAUGUGACGGUAGAAAGCAGUUUACAGUAAGGGUUUAUAUUUGUUUUGAGUCAUUACUGGCCAAAUAAUAGCAAGACUGCGAAUCCGGAACACGCGAGUUUAGUGUAAAUUAUCGGGCUACCCACAAUUUAUUCAUCAUUUCUUAUUUUGACAAACACCAUCAGUUUUCACUUCAUCAAUUUGAUCAUAACAGCUGCUGCUCGAUGAUAUCUUCUUCCCACCCUGACAGAGGUCAUGGUCUUUUUCACUUCAGUCUGUUGUGCAAAGGAAGUGAGACACUUUCUUUGAUAUCUGCUCAUCCAUGUAAACAAAAAUGUGUAUGGAAUUGCCGUUACUGUAUAUGUGUUGCAUAUAGAUAGCUUCUAUUGUUGUUAUGAAUUAAAUGUAUAUUUUUUCAUGGGCUAGACUUGCAGGGGUUCGGAACCUUUUUGAGCAAUGAAAGCAAAAUGUUUGGAAAUGUAUUUCAGUGAUAUUCGAGAUAUAUAAGAUAAGAUAACCUUUAUUAGUCCCACACUGGGGAAAUUUGCAGUCUACAGCAGCAAGAUGGAGGCGCGGGGGGAUAAAGUGUUUCAUUACACAAAAUAAAUAAUACAACUACAGUAUAUAUAUAUAUACACAUAUAUACUUUAAACACUGAAUUCAACAAAAUGUAGUAUAAUGAGCCUUUGAAUGUAUUCCUUUAAAUAAUUCUGUUGUAAUACUCACCAUUAAUGUAAAUGACUUUCCGUUCCUCACGAUUGCUAGCAAAGCUAACGGAAUUUUAUAGUCAGCUUGCCGGGUCCAUGCACGGAGUUGCAGUUGGCUAGUUUGCACCCUGCUCAGUAGCUUGCACGCUUCCUUUCUGCUGUCUCGCAGGGUAUUUCGAUGCGAACGUAGCAUGUCGGGUGUCAAAGUGCCGCUUUAUAUUCGACCGUUUCAUCGAUGGUAUUUUGUCACUGCAAAUUAGACACACCGCAGAACCUGUUCUCUCCACAAAGGCGAAUCCUUCGGUCCAGAAGUGUACCACAUUCGUCGUAUUUUUUGUUUUGUUGUUCUCGCCAUCUGAUUCGUCGAAGGGUUAGCUUUGUGCUAAUAACCGAGCGGGCUAAUUCAAAAAGGAGGCGUUUACCUGUGACGUAGAAACGGCAAAGUAGGCCAGUAUCAUCCAAUCAAAAUUGCUCCUGUAGCCACCUGCAGCCCCGAACAGGAAACGAUCAGUGAACAAUCGAUGGAUGGAUUAAACAAGCGAGCAAAUUUAUUUUUAUCUGCGAGACAGAUGCAAUCAUCAAAAGAGCCACAUAUGGCUCGCGAGCCAUUGGUUCCCGACUCCUGGACAAGAGGCAAGGCUCGGAGGUUUAUGAACAGAAUGUAUUUCUGACGGGUUUGUCAAGACCUUGAAAAUGUGUCGGUUUGGAUGUCUGUUGGUUUUUUUUUGCUACACAUUCCCCAUUCACAUCCGUUAUUAUUUCGAUUUAAUGCGUGUGUUUGUCAAUGGACGAUGUCAUUCACGGGCAGCUACAGUCUUCUGGAGAGCACUCAUAAUCCUGGAUCUUUAUAUUUUAGAUUGGAUGGAACUUUUUAUUUUGGUAAACAAAACAAACAAAAACAAUUUAUUGAGUUCAAUAAAAUGCAGUCAAAUCUA